AUGAGUGGAGAAGGCCAAAGCAGUGCUGGGCUCACUCCCCUUUUCUCUUCCUCUGGCCACUUCUUCUGGCCCCUUCGUGCUGCACGGUCUCUGCAACGCAAGACUUGUCCAGGCCCAAAUACGGCUAGGAGACAGCAGAAAAUUCAGUCUAGGCAGAAAAAUGCCAAAAAGCAAGCUGGACAAAAGAAGAAACAAGGGCACAACCAAAAGGUUGCUGUCAAAGCUGCCGAUAUAUAUAUAUGCACUGUCCGUAGGACACAAAUGCCAGACCUUAAGACCUUCAAGCAGCCCUUCGAGAGCAAGCAUCCAAAGACUCCCCUUCCUCCAGAAUUGGCUGAUCUUUAG